GGAGACCCGUCACCAGGGGGAGGAGAUGCGGCCGAACAAGGUACCCGAAAAGUACCCUCGCGGGCUCGCUUCGCUUGCCACGCUUCGGGCACGGUGGCUCGCUCCGCUCCGCUUCGCUCGCCACCUAAUUACUAAAGGUAAUAGUUGGUGGUGUGGAUACUAGACCAACUGUACCGCUGGCGUAGCUCCUCCCCCUUGUGUCGUGGCUCCUCCCCCUGACGGCAAAGGUCCCUUAGGCCACUUGGAUCUAGCCUCUACCAUCCUGCUGGGAAGAAGGAGCUGAUAUAUUUCCCCAUUGCCGGAACAGUCUAGUGAUUUUCCAUGACGCCCUGUGAAGGAUAAGCACGUGUAUAGAGUCUUGUAUUCAUGAGCUGACCAGCAAGCUGCUGAGGAUGGACAAGGACUGGAGUCACAUGACUGAGAGGUUAUUAAAUCUCACCCUGGAGAUCAUCUACCUGCUGACCAGAGAGGAUUACACAGUAGUGAAGAAGACCUCUAUUGAUCCUAUGACACCCAGUAUAUGCCCCUGUUUGUCAGGAGGACGGGUCAGGACCCAGAACCCCAUCCCGAAGCCUCCACCUCACUCACUGAUACAUGAGAGAGACAAUGAGCAGAAGAUCCUGGAACUCACCAACAAGAUCAUUCAGCUGAUGACUGGAGAGGUUCCUAUAAGGUGUCAGGAUGUCACUGUCUAUCUCUCCAUGGAGGAGUGGGAGUAUGUAGAGGGACACAAGGAUCUGUACAAGGAUGUCUUUAUGGAGAAUCAACAGCCCCUCAGAUCGCUGGAUUUUACAGAGGCUAGGAAAAUAUCCAGUGUAUCCCAGACGCCUAUUUCUCCAAGAGAAUUUCUAACUGAGGGUCAUGGUGCUGUUAUAAAUAUUGAGACCGCAACAGAUGAACAAAAGAUUGACUGUCUUGGGGAUUUAAUUGAGGAACCAAUUGUAUGUGAAGGCAAUUAUACACCCACAUGUCAUACACAGUAUACAGCUACUCAUAUUAAGGAUGAUUCAGUCUCCUGUGAUGGAGGAGACCUCACACACACUGACCUAUAUACUCCCACAUAUGUUACACAGUAUACAUCUACUCACAUUAUGAAGGAACCAGCCUCAUGUGACGGAGGAGACCUCAUACACACUGAUAAUUAUACACCCACAUAUCCUACACAGUAUACAUCAACUCAUAUUAAGGAGGAACCAGUCUCAUGUGAUGGAGGAGACCUCACACACACUGACCUAUGUACUCCCACAGAUCAUACACAGUAUACAUCUACUCAUAUUAUGGAGGAACCAGUCUCAUGUGAGGUACGGGACCUCACACACACUGACAUGUAUAUAACCACAGAUCAUACACAGUAUACAGCAACUCAUAUUAAGGAGGAACCAGUCUCAUGUGAUGGAGGAGACCUCACACACACUGACAUGUAUACACCCACAGGUCAUACACCGUAUACAUCUACUCAUAUUAAGGAGGAACCAGUCUCGUGUGAUGGAGGAAUUCUCACACACACUGAUAAUUAUGCUCCCACAGAUCAUACACAGUAUACAGCUACCCAUAUUAUGGAGGAAUCAAUCACAGAGCAGGCACAGUAUACAUCUGUCUAUUCUGAGGAGCCCAGUAACAAUAUGCAUCAGGCAGGAGAGAAACCGUUUUUAUGUUAUGAGUGUGGAAAGUGUUUUAGACGGAACUCUGAGCUUCUUAUACACAAAAGGACUCACACGGGGGAGAAGCCGUUUUCCUGUUCUGUAUGCGGGAAAUGUUUUACAACCUACUCGAAUCUUGCCCCACACCAGAGGACUCACACGGGAGAGAGGCCUUAUUCCUGCUCGGAAUGCGGGAAGUCUUUUGUCACCAACUCCAACCUUGCUCUGCACCAGAGGACUCACACCAGCGAGAAGCCCUACUCUUGCUCUGAAUGCGGGAAGUGUUUCAUCAGUAACUCGCACCUUAUUAGACACUGUAAGAUUCACACAGGGGAUAAACCACAUGCUUGCGCUGUUUGUGGGAAAUCCUUUAUCACCAACUCUGAUCUCAAAAGACAUUUCAAAAUUCAUCUUGAGGAGAGACCAUAUACUAGCCCCGAACAUAGUGACUAUUUUAUUAACGAAUCAGGGCAGGUGGAACUGCAGGGGAUACCCACAGGAGAAGAUCCGUAUUCUUGGUCCGACUUUGGGAAACGUUCUCUCUCUAACCCAGUCCUAAGCAGCAGCAGGAGAACCCACAGAGGCUGCCGGCCGUAUACUUGCUCUGAGUGCGGGAAGUGCUUUACCUGUAAGUCCAAUCUCUCUCUGCACACAAGGACUCACACGGGAGAAAAGCCCUUCUCUUGCUCUGUCUGCGGAAAGUGCUUUGUCAGCAACUCACAUUUGAUUAGACACGGAAGAAUCCACACAGGCGAGAAGCCGUUCUGUUGCACUGAAUGUGGCAAGUGCUUCAUUAAUAAGUCCGAUCUAAAAAGACAUCAUAGGGUUCACGCCGUAGAGAAGCCAAACGCCGCAUUCGGAUGGCAGGGAAGUUUUAGCCGUAACUCUCGGGAUAGCUGACAUGGGAUAGAACAUAUGUGGCACUAAAUUUGGGAAAUCGUUUAGACAUAUUUUGGUUAUUAACAGAUAUCAGGGAGUAGAUUUACUAACGCUUCCAAUGAUGAAAAGUGGAGAUGUUGCCCAUAGCAACCAAUCAGAUUUUAGCUGUCAUUUCUAUAUUGCAUUAUAGAAAAUGAUAGACAGAAUCUGAUUGGUUGCUAAGGUAAACACCUUCACUUGUCUGCUUUAGCAGUGUUGACAUCAAAUGCUGUGGAAUCGAUUGCCAAUUGUUUUAGAACCAUCAGAAGGAAACCAUCACUGGUUUAGCCAUCAAGCACUACUGAGCAGCAGUGGCUCCUACCUGGGUGGCGGAUGAGGGUUGCCGCUGGCCAUGCUGCCGGGUCUCCACCGCCUUGUCCCCGUUGCCUGGUCCCUGCCGCUACCUGGGUCCCGGCACCUGUACUAUGAAGUUCAGAGAUGCCAGGUGCAGGUGCAGUAGCGGCGAUGAUACUGCGCUUGCACAAAUCCCUGGCUUCUAUGGACUGCAUUGGCUGCAGUCCGCAGAAGCUGGCUUGGACUGACGAGGCAGAGAGUGGCUUACUAUAGGUAGCCAGCUCUCUGUUAAUUGCAACCCAGUCUGGCAGUCCCGGAGGGAGGAAACUCCUGCCAAUGGGACUGCCCUGUGUGUCUGUGACUGACGGGUAGGAGUUCCAAUAGGAAGUCAGUGCCAGUCACAGUGAAGACAGUGCAGUCUAACGGACUGCAUCUGGCUUCACUGACAGCUGGGUGGCAAAUUUUACCUGGGGGGGCUGCACUCCUAGAUAAAAACAGACACUGCUGUUGAGCACUGCUCUAUCUGACUAGUGCCACCAUUGUUUUUUCAAUUGAUGACGUGGGGGGGGGGGGGGG